AAUUAAGCUGUCAAAAUAGAGAAGUUCCAGCCAUUUUGUUUUUGCAAAAAGUGUCCGCAGGAAAAAAAUCAUAAAGACAGGAAAAUUAUAGGAAAAUACUGCAAAAAAGCGAAAAAACCUAUCAAAGAAUGAUUCAUUGCGUUGUGGUGUUUGAGAAAAAGUAGUUUUUCGUCGCGGACAUUUUGAAGAAGAAAAAUCAUCAAGGAGAAAAUUUUAAAGAGAAAAAAAGAGACAUAAAAAGUGAAACAAAGAAAGAAAAUUGAGAGAGAUAUAAAAAAUGAGUGUGAUAAUUCGACUGCAGAAUUUGCCAUGGUCAGCAAAUGCCCUGGAUAUUCGGGCAUUUUUUAAGGGGCUCUCCAUCCUCGAUGGCGGUGUCAACAUUGUUGGUGGUGAAAUGGGGGAUGCUUUUAUUGCCUUCAGCACCGACGAGGAUGCACGUCAGGCUCUCAUGAUGACUGGAGGGAAGAUUAAGGAGGUGGGUGUUCAGCUUUUUCUCUCAUCACGUGCUGAAAUGCAGAAGGUGAUUGAAACUGCGCGUCAACAAACAACUGCGGCCUUUGCUCAAGUUGCUCCAACCCCUCCACCGCCGGUCAUUACGCCCAUAGCUCCUGUUGUUACGACCAUUGUAGCCACAACACCCGUUAUUGAGACACCCCCUGUUGUGGCGACUCCAAUUGGAGCUGCUGCAGCUAUUGCAUCUCCACUGUCGAAUCUCCUCACGCGGCAGAUGUUGGAGCAGAAAUUUCAGCAGCAGGAACAGGAGAAGCUUCAGCAGCAGCUCGAGCAGCAAUUGUUGGAGCACAAGAAGGCCCUGUUGCAGCAGCAGCUCGAGAAGCAGGGGGGUUUCAAUAUGGAAUUGGGGAAAUCUAUUCUCAUGGGGGAACAGUUUACACAACAGUUGUCGCUGCAGCAGCAACAGCAACUACUGCAGCAGAGAUUUCAGCAGCAGGGUGGUCAGGAGAAGCCGUUGCCGCAGUUGAUGCAGCAACAUGUUCGGGAUCCCAGGCGAUCUAUUGAGAAGAAUGACAAACUCGGGGGCCUGAGCGACAGGGAUAAGGAUAGAGAUCGUCGCGGACGCGAUAGGAAGUCACGAUCGCGAUCUCGCGAUCGCCGACGAUCACGUUCGAGAGAUCGCAGCAGUAGGAGAAGGCGCGAAAGGAGUCGCUCUCGUGAUCGACGUGAUCGUGAUCGUGAUCGUCGUCGACGCGAUCGUCGAACAAAUUCACGCGAAAGGAGUCAUGAUCGUGAUAGAUCUAGCAAGGAGAGUGAUCGUGAGAGAAAUAAGGAUCGCCCACGCGAUGAGGGGGGUGCAAAGGAUUUGGCAUUAAAAGCCAAUCAGGGUGUUUUUGCAUCUGGCAUUUGGGAUAUUCCACCAAAUAUUCAAAAUACAACAACGCAACCCCUUACACUUCAGCCCACUGUGGACAUAUCCAAUGCAGCAUCGGCGUCAUCCCUUAGUCCAGAGGAAAGAACGAAUUUGCUGAAGUUGAGUGAGAAGAGGGAUCUCAAUGCAUUUCAAGGUGGGAAUUCAUGGAAUAAUUCUGCUGGCUAUUCAACGGGCAAUUCAAAUGCAAGUAGUAGAGGGAGUGGUCAAAUGGAUACGGGGUUGUGUGUUAGAAUUUCCGGCAUGGAACUCAUUACGGGUUAUGGGGAAAUCCGGAGAUUCUUUCAAGGACUCGCAAUUAAUAGUAGCGGCAUUAAAAUGAUCAAUGACACCAAUGGCAAACGAAUUGGUGAGGCUUGUGUUGAAUUCAUACGUCCCGAUUAUCGGCGGUAUGCUCUUAUGCGUGAUGGAAUGAUGCUGAAGGAGAAAAAGGUUCACGUGGUUGCAAUAACACAGGAAGAAUUUGAUAAAGAAAUUGAUUCGUACCGUCCACUUUUCAUGCAGAGAGGGAGAAAUAAUCAAGAACCAUUUGAGGUUGAGGAUGAUAAUUCACGCGAAAAGGUGCAAAGUGAUGCGGAUGAACCAACGCGUUGCCUAAAGAUGACCAAUUUACCGGCUUAUGCUACGCAGCAGGAUAUUAAGAAGAUGUAUGCGAAUUUCUCAAUUGAUGAAAUUGUUCUUGUGCAGGAGAAUUCACGCGUUUGUACGGCCUAUGUGCGAUUCUUCCGGAGCAAUGAUGCAAAAAUGGCAUUCAAUUUACCAAGUGGAAGUUUGCUGUAUCGCAAUUUGGACAUUAGUUUGUGCGAAGAAGAGAAAUUCAAUCGAAUGAUGAUGUAUCAUGCGGGUGGAAUACGUGAUUCUGUGCGCUCGGAGAGGGAGGAGCGCAGUGAUGGAGAUCGCUAUGACAGGGGACAUUAUGGUGGGCGGCAGUACAGUACGGAAGAUAGAGGUGGGCAGUUUGAUAGUCAUCGCGAUAGGGGGAAUUAUGACGGGCAACGCGAUAGGAAGCAGUAUGACAGUGAUGGACGAAGUAGUGAUGGGCAACAGCAGCAUAGUAGGAGUCAAUUCCGGGCACGUGGUCGGUCGAGAUUUGAUAAUCCGGACAGGAAACAAUUUGAGAGUAAACAAUAUGAGAGUCAUACAAUUGAGGAUAAUGAUGAGAGCAAGUGUGAGAGGGCAGAUGAAGGAAAUAAAGAAAAUUCUGAUAGUGAAUCAGCAUAUAAUCCCGAACAGGAUAUCACCAAUACCACAGCCCUGGGAAGUGAACGGAAAGACAACAAAGGGGAGGCGGAGAAGCAAAAUGAUUCCGUUGAAAGUGAAAAUGUUCUGCAAAUAGAUGAAGAUAGUCACAAUGAAGAAGUUUACAAAAUUGAUGAUGAUGAUUGCAUUCCAGCUGAAGUGGAAGUUUCCAUGGAUAUUGUGUCCCAGGAGAGCAAUGAAGAGUGUACGAAUGUGUUCAAGAAACACGAAGAUCCUCGCCUUUCCCGGGGAACACUCAAUGAUAGCAUUCAAUUGUCCUUCAAUCAGAGUUCUCUCGAUCCGAGACUCAAUCGUGCUGCCGCACAGGAGAAUCGUGAUCCACGUUUGGGGAAUAGGAAGAAAACUGAUUGUGUUGUCAUAUCGAAUCUUGAGCUAAAGAUAACAGAUAGGGAUGUUGUGGACUUCUUCUCAGACGUUGGAUUGAUUCCCCUUCGUGUUCAUAUGCUCCUCAAUACAGUGGGUCAACCGUCAGGGGAUUGUUUUGUCGAGUUCUCCAAUCCGGAGGAUGCAGAGAAGGCUCUUGUGAAGAAUAGGCAACAUCUUGGGCAGAAUACGGUGACUGUGGAGACCAUUGCGAGGGAGAAAGUUGAGGAGAUUCUCAAUUCAUUCGAUGAACCCUCACCGGCAUUUGAGGUGGAUUCCCCGGAUGAUAUGACACCUCCACCACCAACGCCACCAUUUGGGAUGCGUGGCAGCAAUUUUGGGAUGCAACAACCACCGAAUCUUAUGCGAAUGCGAGGACCCUUCCCGCCGCGGCUCAUGGGACCCAAUGGGCCAGCUGGUCCAAUGGGGCCACCAUUUGGCGGUGUAAGACCACCUUUUGGCGCAAUACGUAUGAAUGGCAAUGGGAUGAUGAAUUUAAUGCCAAAGGGGUGCAUUGUAGCAGCUGAAAAUCUUCCCUAUCGCGCCACGUACGAUGAUAUCCUCGAAUUCUUCAGGGGCUUCGAUCUAACACCCACGGACAUCAUGAGGCGCUUCAAUGAUAAAGGCCAAGCAACGGGCGAUGCGAGGAUACGUUUUGUCAAUCCUGGCGAAGCUAUGCGGGCAGUUGAGACGCGCAAUCAAAUGCGAAUGAUGGGGCGACCUGUUUACCUCAAUCUUCUUGAUAAUUAAGUGAAUCUUUUUACGAAUUAAUUUUAUAGUUUUUUUGUGCAAAGGGAUGUGUUAAUGGAUUGUGUUGAAAAGAAGGAAGAUGAGGACCUAAAAAAUGGUGGAAUAUUUUGUGUUUUAGCAAAAACAAGGAGCCUAAAAGAACAAUAAUUGAGAUGUAUUCCGGGAGAGUAUAUCAAUGUAAGGAAUCUUUAGUUUAUUUAUGUUCUAAAUUGCCAUCAUUUUCUUAGGAAUCUUCUUGUUUUAAUUUUUUUCUUUUUGAAGAGAAUUCAUUUGAAUAAAAAUCGUUGAGAAAUAAAAUAUUUUGAGUGAAAGAUAUUUUUUACAAAACUCUUAGGGAAUUAGGUAUAAGGAGAAAGGACUAAGACACCAAGAGAAUAGAACUUGAAAUAAAAACAACUUGUUAUGUCCUUUAAAAUCUUUAAGGGAAUUUUUAUCAAAGAAUUAUUUAAAAAAAAAUCUGCUAAAGUAUUUAAUAAUUUUUAAAUAAAAGAACAUUAUUUUACAAUUUAUAUGAUAAAACUUUUCAGCAGCCAGUUUACGACAUGUAAUAAAUUCGCAAUCAUUUAACAAAUAGGUUUCAUUACAUACAAACUUUUUGCUUCCUUUGCACAAUGUCUUUAGAAUUUUUGUCCAUUAAACAAACAUUUAGGGAAAAUGGGGAAAAUGAUGGCAGUUAGAUGCAGAGAAAUUCUUAAAAUUUAUUACAUGGUGUAAUUAAAUAUAAAAUAAGAUCUUAGUUCCACACUAUAUACCUACAUACAUUAUAUAAUCUUCUGUGUAGAAUUUUAACAGUUGGCAAGAUGAAGAAUUUUCAACUUAAUGAA